CGCUGCGAAGAUGGCAGCCGGAGGGAGGGGGGAAACGGCCGCGGCGACGUUCAAGUACGACCGCAACGCGGGCGACGGCCUCGCGGUAGACAUCGGGGCUCCGGUGUCCACUGUGGCACUGGCGCGCAUUCGCCGGGAGCUCGAAGAGAUCCGGUACCGGCCACUGACCAACUGCUCCGCGGGGCCCCUGUACGCGUCCGACCUGUUCAACUGGACCGCCACCAUCGUGGGUCCUGAGGACACGCCGUACGAAGGAGGCGCCUUCCUGCUCGACAUCCGUUUCCCCGCCGACUACCCCUUCAGCCCGCCCAUGGUGAAAUUCACCACAAAGAUCUACCACCCGAACAUCGUCGCCGACGAAUUCAUCUGCCUCGACAUCCUGAAGACGCGCUGGACCCCGGUCUUGACCAUAUCGGACGUACUGCUCUCCAUCUGGUGUCUGCUCAAGGAGCCGAAUCUGGAGGAGCCCGCCGAUCCAGUGGCCGCCACCGUGUACUACGAGAACCGCACGCUCUACGAGAGCACGGCGCGCAAGUGGACUUCCGAUCAUGCGAUGCUUUAGUGACGCCGUUACUGCGUUACCUCCCGCAGGACAUGAUGACAACACGGGUAGACGAGCAUGUCGAGCCGGCUUGCGUGGGCAGCCCGAGUUUACGCGCGCAAGCGAGUUGUUUGUGCCGGACUAGCGGUGAGCCCUGCUAAAAUAAAUGGCGGCCAUCGGA